CAACAUCAGCAGUUUGGCUGCCCUCAAAGGGCCACGCUGGAUAUAGAGUGCAGAGUUCAGGAUUAUGCCGUAAUCCUGAUGUACAGAGUUCAGGAGUGCGCUACAUCCAGAGUGCAGGGCUCAGGAGUGCGCUACUCCAGAGCUCAGGAGUGCGCUACGUCCAGAGUGCAGGGCUCAGGAGUGCGCUACGUCCAGAGUGCAGGGCUCAGGAGUGCGCUACGUCCAGAGAGCAGGGCUCAGGAGUGCGCUACGUCCAGAGAGCAGGGCUCAGGAGUGCGCUACGUCCAGAGAGCAGGGCUCAGGAGUGCGCUACGUCCAGAGAGCAGGGCUCAGGAGUGCGCUACGUCCAGAGAGCAGGGCUCAGGAGUGCGCUACGUCCAGAGAGCAGGGCUCAGGAGUGCGCUACGUACAGAGUGC